CCCCCCAGCUCGCCGCAGCCGCCGGGCGGCCCCCGCGACAUGGCCGUGUACCGCGUGUGUGUGGCCACCGGGUCCUACUUGAAGGCCGGCACGCUGGACACCAUCUCUGUCACUCUGGUGGGCACGUGUGGCGAGAGUCCCAAGCAAGUGCUGGAUCGCUUGGGCCGGGACUUCGCCCCGGGAUCGGUGCAGAAGUACAAGGUGCGCUGCUCUGAGGAGUUGGGGGAGCUUUUACUGCUGCGUCUGCACAAGGAGCGAUUUGCUUUCUUCCCGAAGGACUCCUGGUAUUGCAGUUGCAUCUGUGUCACUGCCCCUGAUGGGACCCAUUCUUGCUUCCCCUGCUAUCAGUGGAUCGAAGGCUUCUGCACGGUAGAGCUACGACCGGGAACAGCAAGAACUAUUUGUCAGGACUCUCUUCCCCUCCUCCUGGAUCAUCGGAAACGGGAACUCCAGGCCCGACAGGAUUGUUACCGCUGGAAAGUCUAUGCUCCUGGUUUCCCCCGCAUGGUAGAUGUUAGCAGUUUUGCAGAGAUGGAGUCAGACAAAAAAUUUGCCUUGACCAAAACAACACCCUGUGCAGACCAGGAUGACAGCAGUGGGAAUAGGAAACUUCCUGGUUUCCCCAUGAAAAUUGACAUCCCGUCCCUGCUGCAUAUGGAGCCCAAUAUUCGUUACUCUGCCACCAAGACGACCUCGCUGCUCUUCAAUGCCAUUCCUGCGUCAUUAGGCAUGAAGCUUCGAGGCCUGCUGGACCGAAAGGGCUCUUGGAAGAAGUUGGAAGACUUGAGAAAUAUUUUCUGGUGCCACAAGACCUUCACUUUACAGUAUGUCACAGAGCACUGGUGUGAGGACCGUUUCUUUGGAUACCAGUACCUGAAUGGUGUCAAUCCUGUCAUGAUCCAUUGCAUUUCCAGCUUACCCAGCAAGUUUCCUGUGACCAAUGACAUGGUAUCCCCUUUGCUGGGACAGAGUACCUGCCUGCAGACAGAGCUAGAGAGGGGGAACGUCUUCCUGGCUGACUACUGGAUCCUGGCCGAGGCUCCUGUCCACUGCCUAAACGGCCGCCAGCAGUAUGUGGCCGCCCCGCUCUGCCUGCUGUGGCUCAACCCCCAGGGGGCGCUGCUGCCCUUGGCGAUCCAGCUCGGUCAGACCCCCGGGCCCGAUUGCCCCAUCUUUCUGCCCACCGACGCCGAGUGGGACUGGCUGCUGGCCAAGACGUGGGUGCGAAACUCCGAGUUCCUGGUGCACGAGAACAACACGCACUUUCUGUGCACCCACUUGCUGUGCGAAGCCUUCGCCAUGGCCACGCUGCGGCAGCUGCCGCUCUGCCACCCCAUCUACAAGCUCCUGCUUCCGCACACGCGCUACACGCUGCAGGUGAACACCAUCGCUCGGGCCACGCUGCUCAACCCCGAGGGCCUUGUGGACCAGGUCACAUCCAUCGGUCGGCAAGGCCUCCUCUACCUCAUGAGCACCGGUCUGGCCCACUUCACCUACACAGAUUUCUGCCUUCCGGACAGCCUGCGGGCCCGUGGCGUCCUGAGUAUCCCCAGCUUCUACUACAGAGAUGACGGCCUGAAGAUCUGGGCCGCUAUUGAGAGUUUUGUCUCAGAAAUUGUGGGCUACUAUUAUCCAAAUGAUGCAUCUGUACAGCAAGAUUCCGAACUGCAGGCCUGGGUUGCAGAGAUUUUCACUCAGGCGUUCCUGGGCCGGGAAAACUCAGGAUUCCCAUGCAAGCUGUGCACCCCCAAAGAGCUGGUGAAGUUCCUUACUGCAAUCAUCUUUAACUGCUCUGCUCAACAUGCUGCUGUCAACAGUGGACAGCAUGACUUUGGGGCCUGGAUGCCUAAUGCCCCAUCAUCUAUGAGGCAGCCCCCACCCCAGACAAAGGGGACCACCACUCUGAAGACUUAUCUAGAAACUCUCCCAGAAGUGAAUGUCACCUGUAACAACCUUCUCCUCUUCUGGUUGGUCAGUCAAGAGCCCAAGGACCAGAGACCCCUUGGCACCUACCCUGAUGAGCACUUCACUGAGGAGGCCCCACGCCGGAGCAUUGCAGCCUUCCAGAACUGUCUGGCCCAGAUCUCACAAGACAUCCAGGAGCGAAACCGGGGCCUGGAGUUGCCCUACCUCUACCUGGACCCGCCUCUCAUAGAAAACAGUGUCUCCAUCUAGCUCCUUCAGUCACACUGGAAGAAAGGCACAUGUACGAGACAGGCCAACUUCUCAGGGUCCUACAGGCCCUUCUGUCUUCUCUGUUCUCAGUCAACCUGAACCUUCUCCUCUGAACACUUUUCCACCUAAAGUGACUCUAGUAGCAUCGAAUGAACUGGGCCUAGCUCUGUGAGGGACAGAGCAGUGUCCAGGAUGAGAAGUUUCUGGCUAAAGAUGAAUGCACAACAAGCCCUUCCAAAAGGAAUGAACCCUCUCACUCCUUGCCCUGCUCUGGGCAGGUUCCUACUCCCAUCUCUUGGGAAAAUCUACCUCUUCCUAUUGGGAUCCCCAGCUUGGGACUCUACAUUCUCCUUUUUAGGUCUCCUCAUCCCCAAAAUCUUUCUCUUUCUUUG